AGAAACCGGUGACGUUUACAGACAGGAAGUGGGGGGGGACACGGAGACGAGGAAGGAUGGAUGGAACUUUGCUUCUUCCGUCUCCUUUUCGGAAGCACUGUGAUCUGUCCCUUUUGCUUCGCUUGGUCAUCGGGCGCUGCGUCCGCUUGACUUUGGCACGACAUUGAGGCCUGAACUCGAGCUCGGAGGACGAGGCAUAGAUUGUGACGAGGCGGCGCGCCGGCAUUCGCUUCAGGAGUGCAAGCGUGCUCGAGUGCAGACUUUGGUUUGGCCAGCGUGCCGUGCGGAGUCACAAAGCUCCAAAGGAUUAAGAGAAGCCGCUCUCUUACUCUUUAUUGUUUUUGCUGGCCCCCCUCCACCCGGACUAGCGGUCAUUACUGGCUGACAGCGGUCGCUCGACAUGCAGGCGGAAAUCUUCUUAGCCUGCAGAUUACACCCGUCCGCGCGUCUGUCUGCCCCCCCCGUACCUGUCCAUGUCACAGGAUGAAGGCGAGCAGAGGACUGCACGGCUGCGCCGAAUCGCGGAAUGACACGAGCUUUGACUCGCUGGCUGCUGAGUGACAGCGGAAACUGUCAGGGAGAGAAGAGGGAGCGGGACCCGUGCAAGCAGCCGCGUACCUCGGAGGCAUCUUUGGGCUUGUCAGACGCCAGGAACCUCAUCCGCGCUGCCAAGGACGGUGCCAGCAAAGCCCAAAAUAGCUUCUAAUCGGAACAAAUGUGGGAAAACAUCAGGUUUACGCGCACAAUUCAAGGCCGCCCAAAAGGAAUGGGAAGAAGCGCAGCUUGAUUAGCGCCAUUGCUCGCACUUCCUGUGUUUAAAUGUCAACAAAAGGGUGCAUUUUCAAUCCAUGCUUACUUUGCGCUGAACAGGAAGUGGCUGUGUGCAUGCUUUCAUGCCGUGUGAGUAGACAGCAGUCAUGUGGCUUGGAGGCAACCAUGACGCCAACGCUACCAGGACGCGUGCCAACAUACACCGACAACAUUUUAUGUUGAUGUCGACUGAAGCGGGCACGGGAGAACACAAUGGGCCAGGAUUUCAUAGGUUGGUGGACGUAGAUGGUUUGUCGACAUAAACCAGGUUCUACUGCAUCUCAGCUUUGUUUUAUACGUAUUAUUCGUAGUAGUAUUUCAGAGUGUCACGUGGCGAGACGAUCAAUGAAAAUGAACUGGAUCAUUUUGCCCGCCUCCAUAUAUCGCCAUGUUUUUCCUCGUCUCCCGCCUCCCGGCUCCCGGCUCACUCUGUGCAUCGGUUCAGCACUGAGAUGCUGAACAGAGUCUUUGUCUCUGUGGGGAGAGGCGAGACCGCUAGCAUACACGCACAGCAAGAGUGGAGCUUCAUGAGGAGCAAUGCAAGGUAGCAGAAGCUAGGAGGGAAAAAGACGCGUGCAAGGCAAAAUGCCACAGCCCCCGUGUGGGAAUUUUAAUAACGAGCAAGGUGAGCGCAUCGUCACGAACGAGCCGGUAUGUGGAAUUUAUUCGACAGUGGUAGCAACAUAAAAGGCAAGAAAGUGAACCUGCCCACCUCAAACAUAUCCAAACCACCCGCUUUUCCCAACUUGUACACAUGGAAAUGCAGAGCCUUUGUCCCGACAGCCAACACUCAUUUGGCCGGCAAAGCACAGUAAAUACAAAUGGAACCGCGCAAAACUGUGCAAAACUGCGCGCUCACAGAAAGUCAUGGCAAAAGAAACGCUGCUCUUUAGUACAGUUGAAAAGCCAGCAUUCCAAGAAAUGCUGCAAACGUUUGACAGUACGGAUGGCCUGCGAGGAAAUACAGGUCACAAACGCCAAUUUCGACAACUUUACAGAAUGAAAGUUGACAUUUUAAAGGAAAUAUUGCAUUGUUAUGAUAUAUUAUCACUACAGUUGUUUAUUUGGCCUCAAUCAUAUCGGUUAGCAUCAAUUUGAGGGGCAACAAACAUUUCAAAACGCACCUGCAUUGUUUUUUGACGUUUGUCCGUCAGGUCAUAUUUUUUCAUUGUACUUUUCUCAACAUUGACGUUAAAUCUCGCGCAUCAUCUCGUCUCGUGGGUCGUGUGUCAACAUCUCAACCUUUUCUCCCUUUUUGCUGUAGUUUUUGUUUUGUUUUUCGGUUUAAGUUUUCUUGUUUCAUUGUGUCAGUAGAAAGCCAAGACAAAGGCCAAGAAGAAACGAGCUGCAGGCCACGAGUGGCCCCCGGGCCGCACCACCGGCCCACACGGAGAUGAAAAAAAGGGAGAGACAAAAGAAGUGUUGAAAAAAAUUCGAAAUAAAAUGGGUAAACAGGAGGAGUCUCACAAGAUCUCAGGAGAUUAAAAGAAUGUCUUGUGGGCACUGGACCUGGGACGAUAAUAAAGUAAUGAAUCGAUCACACAAGAAAUGACAAUGAACUGGAUCAUUUUGCCCGCCUCAAUAUAUUGCCACUGCCAAGGCGCGUUUGUUCCGUAGAACAACGGUUUUAGCGGAGUGAGCCCUUUUGUCAGUCAUAGAGUCUCUUUGCCUCGGUGGGUGGAGGCGGGGCGCUAGCAUACACACAGAGUGCAGGGGAGUGUAACGUGGUAGAAAUGAUGUUAGCAGAUAGCAAUAUAUUGUCAUUUUUUUAUAUUUUUCAUUGUACUUUUCUUAAAAGUAACGUGAAAAUCUCGUGACACGCCUGGUGAAUAAUAAAUAAACAUAAAUAAAUCCAGGCAUUAAAGAUAAACGAAUGCAUAAAGAUAACCAAUCAGAAAGCAAUGAGUUGGGCAUGUAAGGUGAGACUGUGCAUCGCAGCCGCAGCUUCUAAUUCACUCAAAUUGCUGAUGAUUCAGCCUGGAGGUUGCAAUUAUUUGCCCUUUUUCCACCUCCUGCUCCUUUAACCCCCCCCCCCGGUCGCCAAAGCAGCAUUUAAUGGUGAAGGGGCUGAGCCGGGUAAGGAGUAAUCAGAUGAGGACGCAGCCGGGAUGCGGGGGGAAUCACGUGGGCGCGCAUACGUAGCGGCUAACCAGGGAUUAAUGAGACUGGCGUCCUGAUUGGAGUUGAGCUGCAGAGGCGAGGAAAAAGAGAGCAGGACGGUUCCAAUGACAGCAGACGAUAAAGGACUGACAGCGGAGAGAUGAGGAGUUAGAGCUGUGAGAGGGAGUGGGAGGAAGAAAGAGUGGGAAUUGGAGGCAGUGCAGUGCAGAGCGAAGGGGGGGGGGAGAGAGAGGGCGAGCGAGAGAGAGAGAGGGACGUAGAGACCAGAAGCAUCUCUCUGCUGUGAGCCACUGAGGCGCUGGAGGGCUGCGAGAGAGAAGAGGAGCUCCAGAGGCAGAGGAGGAAGCAAAGGCUUUGGCUUGGAGGCAAAAGUUGUGGAGGGGGGGAGACAGACUGAGGAGUUAGUUGAUGGCAAAAGUGGGAGGAGAUUUAUGGAAACAGAACCUUGUGGUGGACACCAUCCGUCAGCAUGUUCUCUGACAGCAGAGCUCCGGCGGCCGAGCAGAGAGCCUUCAAGCCUCACGCCCCCCACUUCAUCCCGUGGCUGCGCAACAGCCUCAAGUCCCAGCACGCCGCCGCUGACCUGGGGCUCAGCGGACCGUACAAAUCCAAUCCCGAGCUCCACGACAACUUGGAGAGGACCAGAGGCAUCGGGAUCUUCUCCAUCCCGGGGAAAAACAAGGCAAAGAAGAGCGAGCUGCGGUGCAAUGGGGUGGGGGUGGCCAGGAUGCUGCCGGUGGUGCUGAGGGGGCAUCACAUUCUGGGGAAGCCGAAGGACGGCAGUCCGGCCAAGUCCAAAGCGGAAGCGGAACCUAAUCCCGUUACUCCUCAGCGAGAUGGGUCUGGAUCCUCGGUUAAGAACCAUGGACCGGCGCCUACGCCUGAGGCUCCAAACUGUACGGUGCCCCUCGGGGUCUGCGUGGAGGACAGAAGGGAGGACGUUUGGGACUACACGGUUCAUCAGCGAGACCUGCGGUCAUCCGUCUGGCUCACUUCUAACCCGCAGGGACCAAAAGAGGGCCACGGCGGCUUCAGAUCCAGCUUCAGCUACAUCAGCAGGAACUGCCAGAGCCAAAGAGACCUCACUGUGCUCAGAGAAGCACCACCUGUGGAAGGAAUCAACGGAGUCAUCUUCCCCACCGAGAUUCCUCACAGAGGUUUGGGCUUCACUACGACUCUGCGAGGACCGGGGAAACACGGCUCCAAACGUGUCCCGGCCGUGGGCCAGAACCAGACCAGGUGGCUCCGGCACAGAGCAAAGACUGAGGAGGAGUCCCACGCCAAGGGGGCGGGCUGCAGUAGGAAGGUGGUACGGAGGCAGCUCAAGAGGGUGGUGGAGAACCUGGAGCAGGUUCUGGCCGCACUGAGGGAUGUUCAGCAGGAGAUGAGGGAGGUGGUGCAGCAGAUAGACUACCUGACCUCCUGCAUAGACCUGGAUGAAGAGGAUCCGCAGCAGGCAGGAGGAGGCGACAGCAGUUCCUCUUCAGGUUCCAGCUCCAACGAGGUGACGGUCAUCAGCACCCAUCCGAGGGCCUCACAGUCUGAAGACCACCGAGGAGCCACCCUCAGGAGAGAUCCCCCCAAUGGGAGUAGGUCUCCACCAAAUGAGUUCUGCACCCGGACUCUUCGCUUUGGUCUUGGAAGUUCUCCCAAACGAGGAGGGCUGCUAACGUUGGUCAAUAAUCCCGAUUCAUCGUCCCCUCAAAGAAGCCUCCCUGUCCGGCCACCCACCCCCGGACUCUCCCCUCUGACGGUGAACAUCCAUCCGCCCGGCAGCCCCUCCUCCCGCGGCGGCUCGUCCUCCGUCAUGGUCAGCCCCAUCUCCCCCGUGUCACCCAAGCCUCACCCGACGGCUGUCCUCUGCCCGUCUGUCGUUAUCGACCACCCUGCGACCGUGCGCUUCUGUGCGUCCGUGACAUCCCGCCAUCCGUCUGCCAGCUGCCCCCCCACAGACUCAGAGACGCCGUCCCACGCUGACGGAGAGAGACGAGCGUCCUCGGCGGGGCUUCCUGUCGCAGCGACCGCCAAAGCGGCGUCAGGGCAAGGCCGGAGAGGUCGCAAGCCUCCGCCUUACCCUCACCACAGACUCUCACAGCCCCCGCAGGCCGCCAAGGAGCCCCGGAAGGCUCCUCCAUACCCCGAGAAGAGAAGACUGUUGUCAACCACGGUGUGAGACGCCGCCGCUCCAAAACACAUCGGAGCGUUUAAAGGCCGGCCGAGUUGAGCUGAGCAAGUUUCCAAGGUGACAGAUGUGGACUUGAGAGCAAGUAUGGACCUUUCAUCAGUUGGCAAACUGGGGAUGACAACAUCAUGGCAGCCUGGAGCAUCGUAAAGACCACACCAGCGCAGCAGGACCAACGCACCUUGGCUGCAAGUUACUUCUAUCACACUGGCCAUGUCGGGGGUGUUCCAAAGUGCAGCCCGGGGGAACUUUGGCGUCCCACGGCUGCUUUUUUAUCGGCCAAAGGCACAUUCUAAGAGUAUAAAUUAACAAGAAAACUAAAACAGAAAAAAGGGGAAAAUUAGGUUGCGGAAAAAGUUAUAAUAUUAUGUGAAUAAAGUCAAAAUAUUGCAAGAAGAACAUUUUCAAAGAUUACGGUCAUAAAGUCAUAAUUUUAUGAGAAUAACGUAAUAUUAUGAGGAAGAGCAUAGGGUUGAAAUAUUUAAAGAAUAUAUUUUUUUUAGAAAAGUCAUAAUAUCAAAAAAAUUACAAGACAACGAAUAGAGUUGCAAUUUUUGGAAAAUUAAGUGGCGGAAAAAGUUAGAAUGUGACAAGAAUAAAGUCAAAAUAUUAUGGGAAUAAAGUCCUAAUUACAAGAUGAAAUAAUAAUAAUAAUAAUAGGAAUAAUAAGAACAUAAAGUUGAAAUAGUUAAAAAAAAACAACA